CCUGGCCCCUCCGUCGCCACUUCUGCGAGUGCCGCGGCACAGGACACAUCCCGCAGUGCGCUUCUACAACCAUCGAAGCGGGCAGCCCUCAGCACGCUACACGUGCAGGUCGGACGCGUGUAAACUUCAAGUCAUAACUCCAACAUUCACCUUUCCACCUAUCGAUAUAUUUCUUUAUUUGCCUGCGGCGGAGCUCUCUGCUUGAACGGUAAGAAGUGAACUGUGUAACGUAAGGGAAGCGAAUAUUUACUGUCGAUAAGAGAAUAUCUUGAAUGACUUGCAACAGGUUACUGACCUCACCCACCCUGUGCGCUUCCUCGCUGGCCUCAAAUCGUACCCCGAGGGCUCGCUACAAUGAGUCUCCAGCAAACAGCUGCUAAACCAUACGCUCUGCACAAAUCCGGAAGUAAGCAAGCGUAAUUCGGGCUGUGAAGUGUGUAUUAUCUCAAGCCGCACAGUUUACUUAUUGCUCUAGCAUUGCCGUGGAUUACGCACAAUGACUAUGAGCUUCCUAAGACGCUGCUGAGCUAAAUAGCGACGGAAUCUGCAUCUGCUUUCUUUUAACAGCAUAGGCGUGCGUGAGUCGGUACGAAUUGCUUCUGCUCGUGCUUCUGGUAAAUGCGGCGCCUUCAGAGGGAAGCGGGCAUAUUUCGCGCUACCGCAUUUCGCACUACUUGGACAAACUAAACACCUGCCGAACACUGUGAAUGAAGUAACGCAAAACAAAAUUCGAGAUAACUUCUUCGACUGUGGACGAGGAGCCAUAAAUUGUGAUAAUAUGGAUUCAGGCAGCGAAGGAGUAGUUACGAGUGUGAUUAAAAGUGGUGGUGUUAUGCACGAAGACUCACUCGGGAAUUACCUGCAUUCGAAGACAAUCGUAAAUUCCACGUCACCGGUUCAGAAUUGCGAAGGAACGUUUUCUGAAAGUGUAUGUACGGACGAAAUCGAUCGCUAUGGUAAAAUGGACAACACAGCGAGGGAGGAAUGCGUGAAAAAUUCACACGCUUCCGGAUCCGAGAAACUCAAUGAACUGGAAUGCCGUCCCGCAACGGAGACCGCGGUUCCCUCGUCCGCUGACGCUCCUGAGACAGAUCGGGAACUGAGUGCAGCGAUCGACCAGUGCAGAUCGAUUGCGAACGGCGCUGUGGAAAACAGUCCUUCCACGGACAUCGGUCCCGGUGCCGAAAGUGAAAGCAGUGAGACGGGAUCGGCGGACGCGACAAACGGUGUCAGGGAGACAACACCAGUGGACGGUGGAGCUGCUUUGCAAAGUAGCGAGGAAGUGUCUCGCCGCUGCUUCGGAGGGCAGGUCGCGGCGGUGCGUCCCAGUUGUGAAGCGCCUCCCGAGCAACACGGCGGCGGUCUCCCUAUGCCCGAAGGAAACGCUGAUCCCGUGGCAGUCGCUGCUGGUCAGAACACAAUGUCUACUGAAAGCUGCGCUUCCAGCGAGCUAUGUCGACCAGAAGAGGGGUCGGGUGACAAGACUGGAGACAUCAACAGUAAUGACAGCGCCUGUACGGUUGUUCCGAAGAGCAACGGUGGCUUCGACAACCCGGCUUUCGUCGGCGACGGCGACAGACCGCCAGCGAAAGAGAAGAGCCUCGACGCCAAAGUGGACAGCGACACGGAACGCGGCGGGGAGUCUUCGGGCGCAGCUCGUGAGAGGCGCCGUAUCGUGGUGAACGUGCUGGUGCUGAGCUUCGCUUUCCUGGUCCACUUCACGGCCUACUUCGGCGCGGCCAACCUGCAGAGCUCGGUGAACGCGUCCGAGGGACUGGGCACCGAGUCUCUGGUGGUCGUGUACGCCGCCCUCAUAGUCUCCAGCUUCUUCUUGCCCGCCACCGUCAUCAGGCGGCUGGGCUGCAAGUGGACGCUGGUGGCGAGCAUGGCGGUCUACACGCCGUACCUGGCGGCGCAGUUCUGGGCGACGCGCGGCUCCCUGCUGCCGGCGGCUGCGCUGGUUGGGCUGGGCGGCGGCCCGCUCUGGUGCGCCAAGUGCUCCUACCUCACCGCCGCCGCCCGCCGCUUCGCCAGCCUCGCCGGACAGCGCGACGACGACGUCCAGGUGCGCUUCUUCGGCGUCUUCUUCACCAUCUUCCCCGUCGCCAACGUCCUGGGCAACGCCAUCUCCUCCCUCGUGCUGACGGCGGGCGCCGACGCGGAGGUGGCGGCCGGUGUGUCGUGCGGCGCCUCCUUCUGCCCCAGCGAGCCGGACGCGGACGCGAACCCCAACCUGCAGCGGCCGCCGCUGUCGCAGCUCUACACGCUGAACGGCGUCUUCCUGGGCUGCAUGGUCGCCGCCGCCACAGCCGUCGCCGUCCUGCUCGCCCCUCUGGAUAGCGCUCCGGACGAGGAGGAGGCGUCCGGGCUGCGCCUGGUGACCGCGUCGGCGCGCCUGCUGCGCGACCCGCUCCACUGCCUCGUCACGCCCAUCGCCGUCUUCUUCGGCGUCACGCAGGGCUUCCUCGGCGCCGACUUCACACAGGCGUACGUGUCGUGCUCGUGGGGGAUCCCGCACAUCGGCUACGUGCUCAUGUGCUACGGCGCCGUCAACUGCGCCUCCUCGGCCGUGGUCAGCUGGGUGUCCAAGUCCGUGGGCCGCGUCGUCGUCAUCUCCAUCUACCUGCUGUUCUACGCGCCCAUCCUGGUGACUCUCUUCUUCUGGCAGCCCGACCCCACCGUCAGCACCGCCGCCUUCUUCAUCUUCGUCUCCUUCUGGGGGGUCACCGACAGCGCCUUUCUCGUCGUCAACGCACUGUUCGGCAUCCUGUUCCGCGGCAACGAGCAAGCGGCGUACAGCAACUUCCGGGUGUUCGAGAGCGUGGGUUUCAUCGUGUCGUACGCGUACAGCCCGGUGCUGUGCACGCACGUCAAGCUGUGGCUGAUGGCCGGCCUGCUGGCUGUGGCCGCCGGCUGCUACUGGUCCGCGGAGUGGCUGGCCCGGCGCCGGGACGCCGCCUCCUUCUGGCCGCAUGACAAGCAGAGGGAGCGCCACCACCACCACCAGCACGACAACCACAGAGACUCCUACAAGAAGCCCGCCGGCAAGCCUCUGCACGGCUGGUAGCGACUCGAGGAAGUGGGGAGCGUACAGCGACUCGAGACAACAACCCACACCCACAGCCUUCGUUUGGACGUCUACUUACUAGCGAGAGAACUGAUGCCAUCUUCCCAGUUUGUUUGGACAUUAUACCCCGUCGAGUCCCAUCGUGACCACUUGCUAGCACACACAGCUGUUAUCGGGGUUGGAAGUAACUGAGCUACUGAUGGGUCUCCACGGUCGUACGAAGUCAUACAGUGCUCAGUGCUUCACCACUGACGUCUAGCAGUGUGGUAUAGCGAUGUAAGCUGCCCUGCACGAAUUCGGUUGGGAUCAGAUUCGCGGAGUUUUUGACGAGAGAAGUAGUUUGAAGUUUUCUUCGCGCUCUUCCUCGGGUGAUACUUCUGGCAGUGCGCUAAAGUGCAUUAUCCCUCUGAACGUCUUUGCCAUCUGCUUUGAGUAAAGUCAUCAUCUACAAAUAAGAGCCAUCUACCUUUUGCAGUCCUAAUCAGAUCGGUCAAAGGCUUCGUUACAAACUGGGUCAUUUUUGCUAGACAACGCCUUCAAAACAUCCCCUGCAAUGUAAAGUUGUGUCCAUCUCUUCCAUUAAUGUUUGUUGUGCCUGUUCGCCAGCAGUCUCCAACUGGUAUACCUACGCCCGUCUGUUUUAUCAAACAAUUGUUGUUGUAGUCUUCAGUCCUGAGACUGGUUUGAUGCAGCUCUUUACAUUACUACUCUAUCCUGUGCAAGCUUCUUCAUCUCCCAGUACCUACUGCAACCUACAUCCUUCUGAAUCUGCUUUAGGUAUUCAUCUCUUGGCCUCCCUCUACGAUUUUUAGCCUCCACGCUGCCCUCCAAUGUUAAAUUUGUGAUCCCUUGAUGCCUCUGAACAUGUCCUACCAACUGGUCCCUUCUUUUUGUCUAGUUGUGCCACAAACUCCUCUUCUCCCCAAUUCUAUUCAAUACCUCCUCAUUAGUUAUGUGAUCUACCCAUCUAAUCUUAAGCAUUCUUCUGUAGCACCACAUUUCAAAAGCUUCUAUUCUCUUCUUGUCCAAACUAUUUAUCGUCCACGUUUUACUUCCAUACAUGGCUACACUCCAUACAAAUACUUUCAGCAACGACUUCCUGACACUUAAAUCUAUACUCGAUGUAAACAAAUUUCUCUUCUUUAAACGUUACUUAUUGAGGUUACGUCCUAGUCGGUAAAUCAGCAGCAAUUCAGCGUCGCUGUUGACAAGGGCGUACCCAGGAUCUGAAAUGGAGGGGAUGGGGGGGGGGGGGGGGG